GGUGUAAGCUGGCUAGAACUAUCAAACCAAACCAGUCUGAGCAGUAUAAUCCGGCUGGAGGCUAGUUGAUUGUAUUUAUCCAAUGUGCACAAAUAAACACUUUAGUUUAAACAGCAGGAAAGUUAAUAUUUGAUAGAAAUGAUCCAUUUCUUCUGCAGGAGCAUAAACCACCGUUUUACUGCUGUUAUAUGAGGCUGAAAUGCACAGCUGUUGAGACUUUUAAAUCCACUUCCUUGAUUGGUUCUUGGCAUAAAUACAGCUUUGUGAUUUCCGUGAGCGUCAGUGAGAUCUGAACGACACAGGAUGAUCAUACUCAGGACAGAGGAACUCAAACAAGCUGAGAGCAUUUUGAAGCAGUUUUUUCCCGAGUCUAUCAAGGUUUAUGGCUGUAUAUUCCACAUAAACAGAGGGAAACCUCACAAUCUGCAAGUGAUUGCAGACCAGUGGCCAGAUUUCACAGUCAUUAUUUGCAAACCAAAAGUACAGGGCACAAAGGAUCGGGAAGGAGAUUUCAACAUUUACAGCAUCUAUUCAAAGAGCAAAGACAGCCUGAGGAAGUUUCUGGACACACCUGGUGUGAUCAAUGAGGACUCAUUCACAUUAUUGGCAGGGGUUGACAUCAGGCAUUUAGAAGCGGUUCAGGAGUUUGCGGAUCAACAUGGACUUCCUUGGAAAGUACAAGCAGUGAUGAAUGUUUUAAUGCUUCAGGAGGCAAACCAGCUGCAGUUUAAACAGAGUGAUUUCAGUUCAGCAGGUCUCAGAUUUUCUCCGCUCACCGAAGCUCAAGCACAUCUGGUGAACAGCACCUGGAAGUACGGCGGAGACAGUAACAGCUACAACUCAGUGCUGAACUACAUCUCCCAUAAUCCUUCACUGUGUGUGAUCGAGGAGGGCGGCACCGAGCCGGUCUCUUGGCUGCUUGUGUACCAACACGCUGCUCUCGGUUUACUCUAUACGUUACCACAACACAGACGUAAAGGUUACGCCAAGUUACUGGUGUCUAUCCUGGCCAAAUCCCUCCUGGAGCGAGGACACCCUGUGUACUGCUUCGUGGAAGAGGAAAAUGACACUUCCUACAAGCUUUUCACAUCACUGGGGUUCCAGCAUUCACAGGGUUACAGGGCGGUGUGGUUUGAGCUCAAUAAACGAGAGGACAAGAAAUAGAAAUGCAAAUCACUUCACUUGUCAUUCUGGAGUUUUUAAUCACUUAUUCAUUAUUUAUAUUAAAAUACUAUUUUUAAAAUAGUUUUAAAUAUUUAUAGCAUACAACAAAAUCUGCAUGCAAAUGUGCAAAUAUUUUUAAUCACUUCAUUAUUUGUAAUAUAAUUUAUUUAUAUGCAUUUUAUAUGCAUACUUGUAGCAUACAAAAUAAAUCUGCAUACAUGCAAAUAUCAA